AGGGUUAUGGCACUGGUGCUUACGAUACCACCACUGCUACGGUCACUACCACCCAGGCCUCCUAUGCAGCUCAGUCUGCUUAUGGCACUCAACCUGCUUACCCAGCCUAUGGGCAGCAGCCGGCAGCCACCGCACCUGCAAGGUAAGGCCACACUCCCCUAGUUCCUACGCUAGGGCACAUCAGCCUGUUUCGGGAAAGAGCAAUUAUGCACAGUUAGAGAUUCCAGGACUUCUUUCCUUUUUAAUGGUCACUCUUAACAUACUUACCUUUAGAGGUUCACUGUGUGCUUGUAGUCAUCACAGUAAUGCUUUAGGAUGCAUCACAGAUACAUUGUUCUCCAUUUAGUAGAGAAAUGGUGUCAUCCAGGGGCCAAGAUGAGGAAUGUCACUGGCCAGAUGUCUAGUUUCUAGACAUCCAGUUUUAAAAGAGUGACCUUUUAGAGUAGGAGGAGACUAUUGUAUUUACCAAAUCCAGAAAAAAAAAAUAGAGUGUGUGUUUUCCUUCACAACAGAACAACUGAUAGAAUUGUACUUUUGGUUUUAUUGACUUUGUAAAUGGAUAACAGCUUUCUCUUUGGGAAAAACAUGGCAGUUCACAGUACAGGGGAGGUGGGAAGUCAUACACUUGUGUCUUGGUGGAAAGAAUUGACUUUCUUUUUUCUGUAUUAUGUAGUGGCUUGGUCAUCUAAAUAUCGUAGGCAAGUAUGUAUUCUUAAGUGGGUACCUUGCUUUGGGGUGAAUAUUUGGGCAAACAGUUUCAUACUCCAUGACUAAUGAGCAGGUAAAUAGUAUUGAUUAUUACUUAACAGAAGAUUUCAGGUCUUUGCUUUAGGCAAUGCACAUAGGUGGCUUCUGCAUACAGUCUUGAAGGAACAUUGAAUUCUGAUUUGAAAGAAGACUUUUUAGGGAAUAAACAAGAGAUCAACUUGUAACCUAGACUUUUUGCCUACUGUAGAGGUAAGAACUUAGCUCUGGCAAACACUCAUGAAUUUACUUCUAAAGUGCACAGUGAGUAAUCAGAGCUACUUAGUAGUUUACAUCUGUUAGAGAUCCUGUGCAGUAGCUAGACUAAACUAACUGAUUCCUGUAGGGUUCCCUUUCAGUUGACCUAGGCAUUUCAGAAUGUUACCAGCUGUUUGAAGUCCCAUUUGAUGAUCCAUUGCAACAAUAUAUCCAAGCCAUAGCUGGAGUGGGGAGUUAUAUAUCAGUUGUUUUUGUUUUUUAUUAUUGGAGGGGGGCUCCUUUUUUUUUCUUGAUUUUCAGUCCUUACCACUUUAAAACCGUCUCAUGAUCAGUGUCAACUACUCCCUUUUCCACUGGAAAGAGGGGGCUUGUGACCCUUUUCAGCUCUGGAGAAACCAGUACUUCCACAUCCUUAUCUGGUUUGCCUGCUUCUUGGGGGUAUGCUUAUUAUAGCUGAAGCUCACUUUGCUGCAGUCUUCUUGCAGACUGUUAGGGCUAAAAGACCGCAGGAUGGUAACAAACCCGCUGAGACUAGUCAACCUCAAUCUAGCACAGGGGGUUACAACCAGCCCAGCCUAGGAUAUGGACAGAGUAACUACAGUUAUCCCCAGGUACCUGGGAGCUACCCCAUGCAGCCAGUCACGGCACCACCAUCUUAUCCUCCUACCAGCUACUCCUCUACACAGCCGACUAGUUAUGAUCAGAGCAGUUACUCUCAGCAGAACACCUAUGGGCAGCCGAGCAGCUAUGGACAGCAGAGUAGCUAUGGUCAACAAAGCAGCUAUGGGCAGCAGCCGCCCACUAGUUAUCCCCCCCAAACUGGAUCCUACAGCCAGGCUCCAAGUCAAUAUAGCCAACAGAGCAGCAGCUACGGGCAGCAGAGUUCAUUCCGACAGGACCACCCCAGUAGCAUGGGUGUUUAUGGGCAGGAGUCUGGAGGAUUUUCCGGACCAGGAGAAAACCGGAGCAUGAGUGGCCCUGAUAACCGGGGCAGGGGAAGAGGGGGAUUUGAUCGUGGAGGCAUGAGCAGAGGUGGGCGGGGAGGAGGACGCGGUGGAAUGGGCAGCGCUGGAGAGCGAGGUGGCUUCAAUAAGCCUGGUGGACCCAUGGAUGAAGGACCAGAUCUUGAUCUAGGCCCACCUGUAGAUCCAGAUGAAGAUUCUGACAACAGUGCAAUUUAUGUGCAAGGCUUAAAUGACAAUGUGACUUUAGAUGAUCUGGCUGACUUUUUUAAGCAGUGUGGAGUUGUUAAGAUGAACAAGAGAACCGGACAACCCAUGAUUCAUAUCUACUUGGACAAGGAAACAGGAAAGCCCAAAGGUGACGCUACAGUGUCCUAUGAAGACCCACCAACUGCCAAGGCCGCUGUGGAGUGGUUUGAUGGAAAAGAUUUUCAAGGGAGCAAACUUAAGGUGUCUCUUGCUCGGAAGAAGCCUCCAAUGAACAGCCUGCGGGGUGGCAUGCCGCCCCGUGAGGGCAGAGGGAUGCCGCCGCCCCUCCGUGCAGGUCCAGGGGGCCCAGGAGGUCCUGGGGGCCCCAUGGGUCGCAUGGGAGGCCGUGGAGGAGACAGAGGUGGCUUUCCCCCAAGAGGGCCCCGGGGUUCUCGAGGGAACCCAUCCGGAGGAGGAAAUGUCCAGCACCGAGCUGGAGACUGGCAGUGCCCCAAUCCGGGUUGUGGAAACCAGAACUUUGCCUGGAGAACAGAAUGCAACCAGUGUAAGGCCCCGAAGCCUGAAGGCUUCCUUCCACCACCCUUUCCACCUCCUGGCGGUGACCGUGGCAGAGGUGGCCCUGGUGGAAUGCGGGGCGGAAGAGGCGGCCUCAUGGACCGCGGUGGUCCCGGUGGGAUGUUCAGAGGUGGCCGUGGUGGAGACAGAGGGGGCUUCCGUGGUGGCCGGGGCAUGGACCGAGGCGGUUUUGGUGGAGGAAGACGGGGUGGCCCCGGCGGACCCCCUGGACCUUUGAUGGAACAGAUGGGAGGAAGAAGAGGCGGGCGCGGAGGACCUGGAAAAAUGGAUAAAGGCGAGCACCGUCAGGAACGCAGAGACCGGCCCUACUAGACGCAGAGACCCCGCAGAGCUGCAUUGACUACCAGAUUUAUUUUUUAAACCAGAAAAUGUUUUAAAUUUAUAAUUCCAUAUUUAUAAUGUUGGCCACAACAUUAUGAUUAUUCCUUGUCUGUACUUUAGUAUUUUUCACCAUUUGUGAAGAAACAUUAAAACAAGUUAAAUGGUAGUGUGCCGAGUUUUUUUUUUUUCCUUCUUUUAAAGAUGGUUGUUUAACUAAGACUAAAUAAUGGGAACCCCUUGUGAGCAUGCUCAGUAUCAUUGUGGAGAACCAAGAGGGCCUCUAACUGUAACAAUGUUCAUGGUUGUGAUGUUUUUUGUUUUUUUUUUUUUUUUUGUUUUUUGUUUUUUUUUUUAAAUAAAAUUCCAAAUGUUUAUAAACAGUCA